AUUGGGCGUGAUUUAUAACACUUAUGUCACAGGUACGUAUCAAAAUGCAUGUGAUUUCAAGAUAAGCCAACAAUGGGGUCUACAAGUGAAUUAUUGAUUAGUGCUUAACCCUCGCCCACCGCGGUGACGUCGUUGACGCCAAGUAUCUUGACCAGCUCAUUUUGCUGCGGUUGAUGCCCUCCGCUUCCCCCCACCCCCCUUUCUUGUCGUGUUUUUGUCUUCGCGUUCCCUUUCGAAACAUGUCGCUAAGCUGGGCUCUGUGGAGUCUGCCGUCGUGCUGGUUCGUGCAGCACUCGCUGGUGUUGCUGUGCUUCGUCGCAGUCGUCUUCAAACUAGUCGUGCUGUGCAUGCAGAGGAGGAAUGCCUUUCGGAACUUUGAGGCGUUCACGGGACCACCGGGACAUUGGUUGUUUGGGCAUGUCAUGCAGUUUAAACAAGAUGGGACGGACAUGGACCUGGUCGUGAAAUGGGGGGAGCAGCACCCCUACGCGUUCACUCUGUGGUUUGGUCCCUUUGUCUGUUACAUCAACAUCCACCAUCCAGAUUAUGUGAAAAGCAUACUGACGUCCACAGAACCGAAAGAUGAUUUUAUAUAUAAAUUCAUAAAGACCUGGAUUGGUGACGGCUUGCUGGUGUCUCAUGGUCAGAAAUGGUUCCGCCACAGAAGGCUGUUAACACCGGGUUUCCAUUAUGAUGUGCUCAAACCACACAUCAAAUUGAUGUCAGAGUCAGCUAAAACAAUGCUGGACAAAUGGGAGUGCUAUUCAAGCACCGGCGAGUCCUUCGAGCUGUUCAAACACGUCAGCCUCAUGACGCUGGACACCAUCAUGAAGUGCGCGUUCAGCUACAACAGCAACUGUCAGACUGAGAGCGGAACAAACAAGUAUAUCAAAUCGGUUUACGAGCUGACCAAUUUGAUCAACCUUCGCUUCCGGACCUUUCCUUACCACAGCGACCUCAUAUACUACCUUAGCCCGCACGGCUUUAGGCACAGGAGAGCCUGCAAGGUGGCUCACAGUCAUACAGAGGAAGUGAUAAGAAAGAGAAAAGAAACGCUGAAGCAAGAGAAUGAGCCGGAACAUAACCCAACCAAAAGGAACAUGGACUUUCUGGACAUUCUCCUCUUGGCAAGAGAUGAGAAUCAGCAGGGACUGUCGGAUGAAGAUAUCAGAGCCGAGGUGGACACCUUCAUGUUUGAGGGCCACGACACCACCGCCAGUGGCAUCUCUUUCAUCCUCCACACCCUCGCCUGCUACCCGGAACACCAGAAAAUGUGCAGGGAGGAGAUUGCCCAAGUCAUGGACGGCAAAGACAUCAUGGAGUGGGAGGAUCUGGGCAAAAUGCCAUACACCACUAUGUGCAUCAAAGAAUCACUGCGGCUAUUCCCGCCUGUCCCUGGAAUGGCCAGAAAACUGACCAAACCGAUCACCUUUUUUGAUGGAAGGACUUUGCCAGAAGGUUCUCUCAUCGGGACAAGUGUGUAUGCGCUCCACAGGAACGCGACUGUCUGGGAAAACCCAAAUGUGUUUGACCCACUUCGCUUCCUGCCGGAGAACACUUCCAAACGGUCGCCACAUGCAUUUGUGCCCUUCUCUGCUGGCCCGAGGAACUGCAUUGGUCAGAACUUCGCCAUGAACGAGCUCAAAGUGGUGGUGGCCUUGACGCUCAGGAGAUACCAGCUGAUUGAGGACCCCACACGGAAACCCAAGAUAAUUCCUCGGCUGGUGCUUCGCUCGCUCAAUGGCAUCCACAUAAGAAUCAAAGCUCUUGACGCUUGAGUCGAUUACUUCAGCAAUAUUUUAGUAUAUUUUAACACCCUGAUGACCACUACCAUUGGCAAAAAUGCACCCAGGCCGUCCGCCUACAUUCAGCUCCCUCUCGCUAUGCCACUCCAUUUCGUUUCAUUGCUUUUGUGUGAUGUCUGGCCAGUAAUCAGUGUCUUCAUGAAGUGAUUUAAGUGAAUAAAGCAAAUAAUGUUUCUUUAGGGCACAAUGCAUGUGUUGUUGGUUUUUGGGCAGUUAAAAAUUCAAAUGGUGGCAGGUGUGUGUCAUAUUUUAUUUUAUUUGAUGUUCAUGCUCUGAUUUAAAAAAAUAUAUAUCAGAAGUUACUCACAAGUUA